AUGGGCCAUGGCCCUGGGCCUCUUCAACACACAGAGGAUGCUGUGGGGCCUGAGGUUGAGAAGCAGUGUGGUGAUGAAAUCGCUGCUCUGUUAUUUGAGGACUGUGCUGAUUGCACCCAAAAGAAAGAUGACACAAAUGACAAGGAAAAGAAGGAAGAGGAGGAGGCAUCAGCGUCAGUUUCAUCCGUCCAUCACUCCAUCAUUGAGACGUGGGACUGGGGGAUGCAGCCAGAGCCUAGGGAGCUGAAGGACUGUCUGAUGACGCUGGUAGACGACCAACAGAAGCUGUCUUCACAGACGGCUAAGAGCACUCUCUCUGCCCUACGUCUCAGCCAGCGACUGGUGAUCCUGGAGCGCUACCUCAUCUCUCUCACCCACAGCAUGAUGGAGGAGAAGUACAAAGUGCGCUGGAAGAGUCCCCCCAGCCCUCCAUCGUCUGCCGUCGAUAACAAAAGCGCUCGGCCAGUCAGUAAAGGAGUGGAGGGUUUGGCCAGGGUGGGAUCAAGGGCAGCUCUUUCCUUUGCCUUUGCCUUCCUCCGCAGAGCCUGGAGAUCAGGUGAUGAUGCAGACCUGUGUAGUGAGUUACUGCAGGAGUCUCUAGAUGCUCUGCGAGCUCUCCCAGAAGCCACUCUGUUUGAUGAGGGCACUGUGUCGCCUGUCUGGUUAGAAGUGGUCGAAAGGGCUACCAAAUUCCUCAGUGAUAUCCAUGGAAGUGGCAGUAGUAAAGCACCCAGUAACAUUCCCCUGCAGGAUCAGCACUUAGCCCUGGCCAUCCUGCUUGAGCUGGCAGUACAGCGAGGAACUCUAAGUCAACUGCUGUCUGCUGUUCUUCUGCUUCUGCGGCUCUGGGACAGUGGAACCAGAGAGAUGGAUAAUGAGCGCUCCACUCAGGGAACCAGUGCCCCUUUACUGCCCCUCCUGCAGCGCUUCCACAACAUCCACAUCAGUAAGGAGGAGCCUGUUCCUGAGGAGGAGAUCGAGAUCCUUUCGGCCCCCCUGAGCCCAAACGAGAGUUUUUUACGCUAUCUUACACUGCCUCAAGAUAAUGACCUGGCCAUUGACCUGCAGCAGACAGCCGUCGUUGUCAUGGCACACUUGGACAGCCUGGCAGCCCCCUGCAGUCCCCCGCAGUGCAGCUCACCCACCUCUAAUAAGGGUACAUUGCAGGAGGUGAUUGGUUGGGGUCUGCUUGGCUGGAAGCCUUACGCUAAUGUGAAUGGACCAAUCCAGUGCAAGGCACUAUCAAACCUGGGAGUUACUCAGAUCGUCUGCUCAGAGAAGGGUUUUCUCAUUCUGACCAUCACUGGUGCUGUCUACAUGCAAAAUUACAAAAGCACUACCCUAUCCCCUAUGCUAGUCCAUGCACUAUCAUCCAGGAAGAUAAUGAAGCUUGCAGCCCAUCCAGAUGGACAGCACUACUUGGCUCUUUCAGUCAAUGGGGAGGUGUUUUCCUGGGGCUGCGGAGAUGGAGGCAGGCUGGGACAUGGAGACACAACGUAUUUGGAGGAGCCAACCAUGAUUGCAGCAUUCUCUGGGAGACCAGCAGGGAAGCAGGUUAUACACAUUGCAAGUGGCAGCACUUACAGUGCAGCCAUCACAGCAGAAGGAGAGCUGUUCACAUGGGGCCGGGGAAACUACGGCAGGCUUGGCCACG